CAGGGGACACGAGAAUAGAAUCUCACGUUUGUAGCGCCCGUGCCUCCCUAGUACCGGCGAGCUGCUGGGAUUUAAAUGUACGUGUGCAGGAGGAGGAUUACCGCCCGCCCUCGUCCCCUGCGUGCGGCUUUUCGUUCCAGGGGCGGCGUGUCAGGGGCGGGGCGUGACAUCAGGGGAACGUGGGGAUCAUGUUUUGCUUGGCCAUUUAAACUCGUGGAUGGCGGGGUUUUUCGCGCAGCCCGCUCAUCUCUCAUUAUUACCCCGAGUCUCCUCAUAUCUGAAGGUGCAUUGCUCGCUCACUCUCUCGUCUGUGUCCCCGUCAGGUUAUCAUUCCAGGUUUGAGUGUCUCGCUAUUGUGUUGGUUUACUCCGCCCUUCACCCCUCGCGAGGUUCUCCUGAAGGUGGUGGUCGUGCGGCUCCUCCCCCGUCAGUGUCGCGUCGAAAUAUAUAACGAAGGAACGCUGUAAUGAGCCAGGACUGUGUUUUGCUGUAAUGUAACAAACCAGUGUCUUUCGCAUCGUGCUUUUUCCUGAAGGCGCAUGGAAGUGAUAAUAGUGGCACCCUCCGUCAGCGCCUACAUCAGGAUAUCGCACUAGGACACAAUUUUUUUCGUGGAUUUUUCAUGAUAUAAACCCAAUUUUUUCUCCUAUUUCGGAAUAUUUAAAUGCUUUAUCCCCUACGUGUUAGCCUGAAGGUGCUGAUGUUAUGUUUAACCUCCGUCAGCGCCUCCAUUAGGAAAAAAUAAUCAAGAUAUACGUCACUGGAUGUUGACAGCAGUGCUCGUGUUGUGGCGAAAUUAUCUUCCCUCGCGCGCCAAGGAGAUAAGAGAACGUUUUCCAUGUAAAUCCUGUCAGUGUGAGAGGUUACUGUUCCCCUGUGCUGAGUUUGAAGGGCAGAGUGGAGCUGAUCUUGUUACUGUGGCGGUAAAUUGUGAUAUCAAGAGUCAAUCUUCCUGUUCAUCUCACAUCACAUCACACAGUACAUCACCAUCCACCUCACCCUAUCACUGCCACCUCCAUUCCUCCUCCCUCACACCUCGCCCCACCACCACCACCAUGGACCUCUACCUGCCCAGCACAGAGCCAGGCCUCACCCUUCAGGAGAUGAUUGACUGUGACAUCAAGUGUGGCGUGGAGUUCAGCGAAGGACUCGACACCAUGAUCACCUCCUCUGAUCUCAACUCCCUCGACCUGUCGGGGAUGUCUUCGCUGGAGACUGAGCUUGACCUGAAGUCCUUUGAGCCGCUGUUUGACCCCCUGGUGAAGCUGGAGGACAUGGAUGUGGCCGAGGACCACUCUGCCGAGGAGCUGAAUGUGGUCAACUCCUGGAUGAACAUGUCAUCAAUGAGCAACUAUAGUUUAGAUCUAGAGAAUAGCGUUAUGGUGAACCCCUCGGCAGUGCUGCCAACCACCCUCCCCUCACGAAGUACAAGGCAAUCAGAGCUGCCAACUCCCAUCAGUACAUCUGUCUCAAGUACAAGCAACACAACCACUCUCUAUAUCAAGGCUGAACCCAAGGAGAUCAAUAUUACGACCACUUCUGUCCAGACAUCCCAGUCCCAGGCUGCAAGUGGCCCUGUCACCACCCAGGUCACUGUGGUGCGACCCCAGACCACCUCUGGGCAGACAACACGUCAGCAGAGUUCCUUGGUGUCUGUUCAGUCCAACCAGACCCCCUCCCAGCCCUCCGUGGUGACCAGACCCACCCUGGCCACCUCUCAGAUGGUAGUACAAACAGCGCAGCGCACCCCUCAGCAGCUAACCCUUGCCUCCACCGCCACCACCACCACUCCCACCACAACCCCCAUCAUCACCGCACGCACCACCACAUCCCACAAUAUUUUAAGUAAUAGAUACAAGAGUACAGGCAAACCAAGGAAGGAGGUACAGCCUGAAGAGAGAAUGUUCCCCAAGCCAGCAUACUCCUACUCUUGCCUCAUUGCUCUUGCACUUAAGAACAGCACCACCGGCAGCUUGCCUGUGUCAGAGAUAUACAGCUUUAUGUGUGAGCACUUCCCAUACUUUCGGACUGCCCCCAAUGGAUGGAAGAACUCUGUCCGCCACAAUCUGAGCUUAAACAAGUGCUUUGAAAAGAUUGAGAAGCCAGUUGUGGCCGGCAGCAACCAGCGCAAGGGAUGUUUGUGGGCACUGAACCCUGCCAAGGCUCACAAGAUGGAUGAAGAAGUGCAUAAAUGGAGUAAAAAGGACCUGCAGGGAAUUAAGGAUGCUAUGCAGUAUCCUGAGGUGCUGGAAGCCUUAGAGCUGGGAGAAAUGAAGUUUGAGUCCAAUGGUUGUGUGUCAUCCUGUAGUGAGGAUGAGGACGAGGACGAGGAGGUUGAUCCACUUGGCAUUGACUCGCCCGUCACCCCAACAGUGGGCACAGUCAAGAUCCUGAAUCCUCUCACCUCGCCAACCAUUGUGACCUCAAACCAGCGGGGAACCUCCACAGUGGUCAGCAGCCAGCAGCAACAUAUCAGACAAACCGUGCAGAAUGGCCGCACCACUCUGGCCACCCACUCCACCACUGCCCAAUCCACCCCCACCCGCAACACCACCGUAACUCACACCCUUAAGAGGAACUCCAACCCAUCAAUGGAAGAACCAGAAUACAUCCUUCCAGACAUUCUUCCAGACUCUAGCAUGACAGAGAUCAGUUUGCAGUCGAAUGGUGGUCUGGUGGACGACCUUGGCAAUGAAAUCAAGACUGAGGGGGAGGCCACCAUCCAGGGCAGCCAGUCCCCCCGAGGCCUGGUGGUGCGCAAGCUGCCAGGUGUCACUCCUCUCAGGUCAGCCACAGUGCGUGCCAACUACAUGUACACACCCACGAUCUCAUCCCCCCACCAGCAGCACACCCUCAACAGACUUGUUCUGACCAAUGGUAAGCUGUCAUAGUUAGGCUGCCGCCCUCCCUUCUCCCCCUUGUGUGGAAAGCAGUCUGCGUGUGUCCGUGCAAGGAGCAAAUGUGUACUUGGUGGUGAUCCUGUGCGUGAGGUGGCUGGGGCCUGAGUGAGUAGUGUGCAUUGCUGUAGUGUGUGUUGCUGGUCACCAACGUUCAGGAAGUACAACAAUACUUGUGGUGGAGAUGAGCGUGUCUGUCCUGACGGUAGGAUUAGCCGGUGCUGAAUGGUUGCUUCUUGGCAAUAGGAUUGUCUGGAAGAGAAAAUGCCAUUAUGCAUAAAAUCUUCCAAUUAUGUUUUGUCAUGCCUUAAGAAAGUGGUAAUAUUUGUUUUAAUGUAUUUCAAUGCACUUAAAAUGUAUUUAGGCAGCAUUCUAUUGGCCUGAGUAUUCAGAUGUGGAUUUUAAUUUUUCGUGUUGGUUGAGAUUCUCUCAAGGGCGGUGCUCCAUUAGACAACUUUCUCUAGAAUGUUUGAGUUUUACAGAAAGUAUUAAAAUACUCUACCUUAAUUCAUUUCUUCCUCAUAGUGCAAAUCCUGACUAGUAUUCCAAAAUAUUUGUACCUUUAUCUAAUUAACUGUACAUAAAUUGUGAUAACUAAUAAUCAUAGGUUGUUAAGUAGAAGGUGUUUAAUGUGCCCUUUAGUGAGGCAUGUAAGAAGGUGCAAAACAUUAUGGCAAGCCUCAGCUGAUGAAUGUGGUGUUGUAAUUCAUGCAACUGAAACAUUGUCUGAGUCCUGUGAUAAUCCUUUAACUGAGACCGGGGUAACUCAUGUACCUGAGAGAGUGUAAUAGUACGAUAGCAGGAGCUCACGUUUUCUGAUUACUUUCCGUUCAUUGCUUUCUUUUUCACACCGUAUGGAAUUAUAUAUAUUUUAGUACACAUCCAGUGAGUCGAGCUUCAUUACGACGUGGUUGAAUUUGAUUAGCUUGUGUCACGCACGAAUCUAUUUUUGUGUUAGUGUAGUUUUGUGAUAUUUAUUUGGUCACUUCUUGUUUCGUGAUUGGAGGUAGUAGGACAAACAAGGUCUGUAUGUGUGCAGCAAAACCUCUUGUGUUUACUAUUUAUGAAUCCAGAAUUCUGUUUUGAGUUAGCAAGUGGUGAGGAGGUGUUACUCUUGUGCUAUUACAAUUCAAGAUGUACAACUCACGUGUGUUGUGUGGGAGUACAGUGCAGUGUGCAGUCUCUCUCUGAUGUAAAUGUCUAUGUAUUAUGUAUAUUUAGUGAUGAGUGAAUCAUUGCAUUAAUCAUAUAAUUCCCAUACAGGAUCAGAGAUAAAACUAGAGCUGUUUGAUGCUCCACAAGGCUCUGAACAUGUUACUAUAGAUCAAUUGGAACUUAUCAUUGCUGAAUUUGAGAUAGUUUCUGUGGAUGAAUUUCUUGUGUUGAGGUAUCAUAGUAUGUAGUGAACGAGAUGACACACUGCGGCCAAACCUGUGUGUGGCCGCAGAGUGCAGUAAUGGCCUGAAGCAGAAUGGUGGAGCUUUGUGUUCAUCUUACUACGAGGCAGUCUGUCCCUGUUGCUUCAAAGGUCACUAGUAAUGCACCAACCAGUUGUCAGUUACCCAGGUGAGACAUUGCUUUCAACCUCUUUGUCUAGUCUUCUCACAGCCAAGGUGAAGGACAGGUGUCAGGUUUCCAGUUGUACACUUACCUUUAGAAUUGUUUUUGUAGCUUUGACCAUCCUUUAUGAUGAAAAGAUUUGCCCCUGGGAAUAAGGAAGACCAAACUUCACUACUGGUGUCAAGAAUCUGUUUGGCUUGGUGGUAUUGUUUCUUUUCUCAUUUCUCUCAGGGGUAAUUGAUGUACCUUUGUUGUGGUGUGCAACAUUUUAACCAAGGAUCUUUUGUUAUCUUGAGAUUGUGUUGUUUUGAUUAUUGAUGAACAUUUUUCAUAUUUCACGUGGACUGAAUUUUUAAUGUUAUUUACAAUUGCAAUGAAAUUAUUUUUAGAUUACUUGAUUUGGUCCAAUUCCUUUAAUUGAACCAUAAUUUCUCAUAAGAAUUUGCUGUUCUGUAUUAUUAAUUAAGAUGGAAAUUUUUGCUCUUUAAUAUAUAUAUCAAAUUAUUAUCAUAAUCUUUAUUUUUUAUUUUUUAUUUUUUUUAUUUAUUUAUUUAUUUAUUUUUUAUUUUAUUUUAUUUUUUUUAUUUAUUUUAUUUUUUUUUUUUAUGCAAAAAGUUACUCGGUGUUGCUGAAAUUAGCAAAGGAAAACAGUUGAGGCCCAAACAUUCCACUGUAGUAUUGAGGGUUUCCCUCAUGCACGGGCCGGCAUGCUCCAAGCACCCCAGGAAAGGUUUGCUGUACUGUGUGGUCCUGUAUGAGCUGCUGCUGCCACCAGCAUGAAGCACCUUGGCCAGCCACACAGACCUGUGCUCACCGUGUGAGUCGGGCCUAGUGUGCCCGGUGCUCUCUGGAGUAUUAUUCUUAUUCGUGUGAAUGGAAGAUGGCUCCUUGGGGAGAUCUCUUCCAGUUCUUAGGUAAAGUGUUUAUGGGCAUUGAAUUAUCUGGUCAGACCUCCUACCUCCAACUUCAAAUUUGUAUUAAGUACUCGGCAUUGAAUUCUGGGUUGCUUCAAGCAUACCGGCCAAGGAGACUUGACUGCGCAAUCCUCUAUCAUCCUCUGUCGAGAAGCAUGGAAGUUCUCUCAUAUCUCUCCCACCGGGGACAUAUUUCAAGCAUGUCUCCCCAUCUCAUGUAAUGGGAAUUGGGGAUGUAAUGGUAAUGGCAAAAAGAAGAAAAAAAAAAAUUGUAUAAAUAGAUGUCACUCAAUUGGUUGUCAGAAUGUCUGGUUGAGUGAAUGUAGGUGACAAGGUGUGCAGGGUGCAGGUGAGAGGCCUCUCAGUCAUGCACUGGCUGAUGUGCUGCCGUCAACACGCCCGUCAGUGAGGGGAUUCAGGAUCCGUGGCAUUGUGGGUUGAGUAAAGAAUGCUGCCGUCCACAGAUCCUGCUGCCUUUCAUCCAGCUGCAGGCACUCUUGGGCUCUUCCCUCUACAUGUGUGAGGAAAGACCUUCUCUGAGAAUACAAACUGAGCUACUUGUGCAAUGGUUAUCCGGGCACAGCUUUAGUUUGCACCAUCUAACUCGUGUCCUGAAGGAGGGAAGUCUCAGAGUAAUAUCAUCCUCCUUGGUGAGGACGGACAAAACCUUGAGUGCUCUUCAGGAAGGUAGAAGUUAUUUUUGGGGUGAAAUAAUUUUAUCGACGGCCGCGAGUCUUUCCUCUGGUCCUAACCCACAAAUUGUUCCUUCAUCCACUGACUGACCUGAUACUUCAUCAUUUCCUCCCCAUUAGGAGCUUACAGUGAGAUCUGGUGCACGUGUCCACUCCAGCACCCAGACUCCUCUUCAUAAACUGCUAGUCGUUCAUUGUUUGACUAAUUCUUGUAUGUGCAACAUGUAAAUUAUAAGAAUUAGGAAUCAGAUCUCCAUUAGAUCAUAAAUGUUGAAUAAAAAGUGUAAUCUGAGUAGAAGUAAUCAUUAUAGAUGCUAUUAACAUGAAAUCUUCCUAAAUAUAAGAAAAGCAAAUUUAGCUUUUUUAUACUUUUGUAUGUUGCCUUUUGUACAUAAUAUUUCCAUUCUUUUAAUUUCUGCUACAAGUGUGCUCCACCACCGCGAGCACGUGUCACCCAGCAGAAACACUGGCCCAGAAUGAUCUUGGCUGUAAAUAUUGUAUUAUUCAUAGAUUUUUGUAUGAAAUGUAAUUAAAAUAAAAAAAUUCCCAA